AUGAAUUCCUUUCAAGACACCCUCCAUUCUCCCCAUCCAUCUCGAAUCUCGAUAUAUCUCGUCUGGUCCGGUCGACAUAUCACGCCCCAGCCUGGCCGACACAGCAGCCCUUUGGACAUCGCACCGGUCGCCAGAGCCCCAGCAGCGUCAGACCAUGCCGACCUAGCCGCGACCCCCUCGCGCAGCACCGGGAGCACCCGUAGCAGCCACGGCACCGCCCGUCCCACGUCCAUCUCCCCGCCCAUCGAGCGCACCACCCACCCCCCCUUAAGGCCGGCCCCUCCCGCCGCGCAUGCCCCGGCCCCUCCCGCCGCGCAUGCCCCGGCCGCCGCGGCCGCCCCUGCCGCCGCGGUCGGCGACCUCCUUGCGCGCCUUGUUCUUGGGCUUGGGCGCGUCGUCGAUGAGCAGCGUGUCGAGCGGCAGGCUGUCGGGCAGGAUGAAGUAGCGGAUCGUGCUGCCGCGAAUGUUCAUCGUGUCGAGCGGGAUCGGGUCCUGGCCCCGGGGCGUCAUCUUGACGUUGCGCAGCGCCGUGUUCAUCUGCGGCGAGACCGAGGUGAUGGUGCCGUGGACGAUGGUGCCUGUUGUCCGUCGUCGUCGUUGUCCCGACCUCGUUAG